AUGAGGAAGCCCGAGGUGUCUGGAAAAAACAACUCCAACAUUAAUAGCAAGCUUAGAAAAGGGUUGUGGUCACCUGAAGAAGAUGACAAGCUCAUGAACUACAUGCUAAACAGUGGACAAGGUUGUUGGAGCGAUGUGGCCAGAAAUGCUGGCCUUCAAAGGUGUGGCAAAAGUUGUCGCCUUCGAUGGAUCAAUUACUUGAGGCCUGAUCUCAAACGAGGUGCAUUCUCUCCUCAAGAAGAGGAACUCAUCGUCCAUUUGCAUUCCCUUCUCGGAAACAGAUGGUCUCAAAUAGCGGCGCGCUUACCUGGGAGAACUGACAAUGAAAUUAAGAAUUUUUGGAAUUCAACAAUAAAGAAAAGACUCAAGAACUUGUCAUCCAACACCUCACCAAAUGGAAGCGAGUCCUCAUAUGAGCCUAACAAAGACCUUAACAUGGCAGGGUUUACUACUUCUAAUACCCAUCAAGACCAACAUGCUGAUUUUAUGCCUAUGUUCAAUUCAUCAUCUCCAUCACCAUCCAUGCAUGCCACCGUUCUCAAUUCCAUAAUUGACAGGUUGCCUUUGCUAGAUCAUGGACUAAACAUGCCAGCUUCUGGUGGAUACUUCAAUGGUCCAGGGCCAUGCUUCUCUUCUCAAAGUGGAGUUGACAACAAAGGAUUUUAUUUGGAAAGUGGAGGAGUAUUUGGGAGUGUAAAUAUUGGGGCAGAAGGGGAUAUGUAUGUUCCUCCUCUAGAGAGUGUUAGCACUACCUCUGACCAUAACCUCAAAGUGGAAAGCACAUGCAACACAGAUACUAACAAUAGUUACUUUGAUGACAUAAACAGUAUCAUCCUUAAUAACUGCAUCAACAAGAGAACUGAAAAUAGGUCUGGGUUGGAAAAUCUAUUUCAAGAAGAGUUAACCAUGGGAGAGUGGGACUUGGAAGAGUUGAUGAAAGAUGUUUCAUCCUUUCCCUUUCUUGAUUUUUCAAACAUCCAAUGA